AUGGCCGUCGCUCCCUCUGCUGCUCUCGGGGAAGUUGGAGGCCUCGUGCACGGCGUCGACGGCGUGCUUCACGUUGGGGCUCAUUUCUUCCUGACGCCGCCCGGAGACGGGCCGGUCCCGCGGGGGGAGCACCUCCUACCCUUCCCCAGGUACGAGGGUCCGGACCUGCCGCACCUGCAGGGGAUCCUGCGGAGGAGGCAGCUCUACUGCAGGACCGGCUUUCACCUGCAGAUCCUCCCGGACGGAACCGUGCGCGGCACGAGGACGGACCACAGUCGGUUCGGUGUCCUGGAGUUCUUCAGCCUGGCUGUGGGUCUGAUCAGCAUCAAAGGAGCCGACAGCGGGCUCUACCUGGCCAUGAACAGCAAGGGGCAUCUGUACGGCUCCAAGGAGCUCACAGCAGAAAGUGUCUUCAGGGAGCACUUUGAGGAGAACUGGUACAACACCUACUCCUCCAACCUCUACAAGCACGCUGACAGGGGGGCGCCUUACUUUGUGGCUUUAAACAAGGACGGAACACCGAGGGACGGGGCCAAGUCCAGGAGGCACCAGAAGUUUACACACUUCCUGCCCAGGCCCGUGGACCCCGAGCGAGUACCGGAGCUGUACAGGGACAUCAGCUGA